AUGUUCGGCGGUGCGGGUCUCAAAGGGCGCGGCGCCAUGCCGGCCAUUGCCCGUCAGCGUUUGUCCGCGUUCUCUCGCUCGAGUCGCUCGAUCUCCUCCUUCCGGCCCCAGGCUGCCAGGUCGCCUGCUCGGUAUGGCCGCGUCAAUCAGACCCUCACCGGACGUCUCGCCUGGCGGCCGGCGUCCGCCCUACCAGCCAUGACCGCCACCCGCUUCAACUCCACCUCCUCCGCUUCCCCUCCGCCCGCCGAUGCGGCUGCCGCAACGCCGCCGACGACGACGACACCCGCCUCGGACCUGUCCGACGUAUCGGUAGACCUCGCCUCGAUCCCCGAGGAUAUCGGCUACCUGAAGGCGCUCGGCCUGGACUACGGAUGGGGGCCCUCGUCGCUGAUCGAGUACGUGAUCGAACACUUCCACAUCUGGGGCGGGCUGCCGUGGUGGGCCAGUAUCGUCGGCGCGGGUCUGCUGGUGCGGCUGGCGCUGCUGAAGCCCAUGCUGGGCGCGGCCGAUACGUCGACCAAGAUCAACAACCUGCGCGACGUGUCGACGCCGCUACGCACCAAGAUGACCACCGCCGCGCGCGAGGGCAAGCAGACGGAGAUGAUGCAGGCUCGCAUGGAGCUCAACAACCUCCACGCCCAGCACGGCGUCAAGCCGUGGAAGUCGUUCGUGCCGCUGCUCCAGGUGCCGCUGGGUUUCGGCUGCUACCGCGUCGUCAAGGGCAUGACCGCCCUGCCGGUGCCGGGGCUGGCCCUGGAGUCCGUUGGCUGGAUCAAGGACUUGACCGUGGCCGAUCCGUACUUUGUGCUGCCCGCGACGACCGCCUUGUUCAUGUACCUGUCGUUCCGGAAAGGAGGUGAGUCCGGCAUCAACAACCUCACCAACUCCAGCCUGGGCAAGAUGUUCCUCUACGGUAUGCCCGCCAUGACCUUCGCCUUCAUGUCCUUCUUCCCCAGCGCCCUGCAGCUCUACUUCGUCGCCACCGGUGCCUUCGCCCUGGGCCAGUCGUAUCUGCUCGCCUCGCCCGGCUUCCGCAAGUUCGCCAACAUCGCCAUCCCGCAAAAGGCCGGCGGCUCCGCCCCCGGCGCCGGCAUGUCCGCCGAGGACCAGCAGAAGGCCCUGCGCAUGAUCGCCGAGGCCAUGGAGCAGCAGAAGAACCCGGCCGCUGCCGGCGCCGCCGCCAAGACCCCCGACCCCAACACCGUCAGCUUCAUCGACCGCUUCCUCGACUCGCUCAAGCAGUCCACGGAUAAGACCCGCAAGGAGGUCACCGAGAAGAUGGAUGAGCUGCGCGGCAAGGGCCCCCAGAAGAACGCGGAUGGCUCCCCCGCCGCGCCGCCGCGGCUCAGCGAGAACGACCGCAAGCUGGCGGAUGCCUAUGAAAAGCGCCGCCGCGAGGAGGAGGACUGGAAGCGCGAGGAGCGCAACCACGCGCGAAGACAGGCGCACAUGCGGACCCUCGCCGCGGAGCGCGAAAAGGCGCGGUCGUCGUACAAGGUCAAGCAACGGUGA